AUGCCUUCCGUCCGCAACCCCAACGGCCCCUCCAAGAACCGCCUCAUCGCGAAGAAGGCUGCCCUUCGCAAGCUGCGCCAGAAGGAGUCUGCCCAGGGCAAGAUGGAGAAGAUCCACAAGAUCACCAGGGACGACCAGAACCGCGGCGCCCGUCCCGGUCUGCUUCCCAAUAGCGGACCUAAGAAGGCGCUUGGCAAGAAGGCGCAGCGCAAGCUUGAGAAGAAGAUGGGUUAUGCCAUCAGGCGCAAGAUGGAGAAGGAGGGACUGAGCAAGAUGGAGGUGGAGAAGGUGGAGGAGAUGAUGGGUAUUGGCAAGACCAGCAAGAAGAGCGCCGAGACCAAGGCCGAGGAGACCCCCGCCACCAAGGAGGUCGAGAUGGACUUUUCUUAA